CAAGAAUUUUCAUUAACGACAACUUUGAUGACAUGCUAUUGUUUAGGCAAAAGUUUCUUGCAAAACUUGCUGCUUCAACUGAGUCGAGUAGCCAUGCUGGGUCAUAUAUCAUGUGUUCUGUCGAAGAUGAAUUUUUAAAGAACGAUGUUUUUUCACCAAUUGCUUAUCUUGGAUCAAUCCUAGAGCCAAAGAAAGUUGUUGUUGUUGGGACUAUCGUUGCAAUUGUUUCAGAUAAGAUGUGGUAUUAUGAUGGGUGCAACUAUUGCAAGUCCAAAGUUGAGCAAAAGUUUGAAACAUAUGAUAAGGAUGAUGGAACAAGUGAUGUUAAAGAUGAGAAGUUGUAUCAAUGUUCUAACAAGGAUUGUAACGGUAAAGAAGUUUUCCCGUUGUCCAGGUUCAAAAUACCGGUGCGUGUUCAAGAUUCAACUGGUACGGUGACACUUACAUUGUUUGAUCAUGAGGCGAUGAAGUUUGUUGGUAAAACUGCAAAGGAACUUAUAGAAAUUCAGGACGAGUUAUUGAGGUCGAAUGAGAAUCCCGGAGAAUAUCCAGUUGAGUUUGAAUCAUUGCUUAACAUAAAGUGUGCUUUCGUGAUUAAAGUAAGUGACUUUAAUACUGUGAAUGCUGUCGAGAAUUAUGGAAUCUCAGUUGUUACCACUGAUGAAGACAUGUUGGAUAAGCUGAACAAAAAAUUCAAAAUUGACCAACUUGAUGUAUCUGAUUCUUUUGGUAUGACUCAGUCUGAGUUCCAAGCUACCGGUGGUGACAGUUUCAAGGAUGCGGAUUCUUACACUGGGGAUAACACCACACCUGUGUCGAAGGAUUACGUGAGUGACUUGAAGCAACCAUCUUCUGAUAUGAAGCGUAACCUGGAUGAUGUUUAUUUGAAUGAUGAGGGAGUGGGGUCGUCAGCGAUACUCUGUGGUGUUAACAAAAUGCAGAAUACGUUUCAACAGCUUACUUCAUAUUCUUCUGAACCUCCACACCCUGGCAUCGCUGACGAAGCUGUUCGGGCUAAACAUAGGCGGAAGUUAAGAAAACUAUACCUUGAUAGUAAGAGAUCAAGGAUUAGUAGAAAUUUGAUUUCUAAAAGUGGAUGCUCAACCUCUUCAUCAUCAACACGUUUUAUUUUGAACAACAAAGAGAAUUUAACUCCCAAUUUUUCAAUACCAACAUUUACUACCCAAUCAUCAACUCUUAUACCGACACGUAAUCAUUUAGAUUCCUUGGUUAACGUAACAUCUUCAAAUUUUACACCUUUUACAAUGAGGAAGGAAGGAAAUGUACUACAAGAUAAGUAUACAACACCCAACCGUACACCCUUUGCAAAUAUAGAAAACAUAACACCAGGAAAUAAUUCUAAAUCUUCGAGAAACGUACCUUUAUCAUCGGGGCCAAUUUCAAGUAAAAAUAUGAGGACAAAUGUUUUGCAUCAUUCUUCAACAUCAGGACGACGUAUGAUGCUGUCAAACAAGGAAAACAUUACACCACUGUCGUGUAUUACAAACAUACGUACGCAAGUUCCCAGUGUACCAUAUUGUUCUAAUGCUAUGUCUUCUUUGACUCCUAUAUCACACGAUAAUAUUGCAACCUCAUCAACUUUACCAUUGAAUGACCGCUACUCUUUUAAUCCUCCAAUAACAAAUAAACGUAACACAAGAUGUUCGAUAUCCGAAAUUACCUCGCUAAAAAAGAUUUCUUCUGGAAAGCGUAGACUUAUUCAUAAACCAAUUGAAAUAGAAGCCAUACCAAUGGCUCCUCUUGAAUCUGAUGAUGAAAAUCAUAUUCACGAGAUUGUUGCAGACGCCACCAAAGGCGUAUCCAAAGAUUACGUUGACCAUGGUGACCAAUCACUUACGUGUGGUUUAUGCUUUGCAAAGUUAUGGGCUACCGAAGGUGGAAAGGGUCGCAUUACCCUUCAAAAACAAACAUAUAGCUUAUGUUGUGGAUAUGGUAAAGUUGACUUGCCUGAAUAUAAAGAUUCUCAUCCGUCUUAUCAGAUGCUUUUUUCCUCUUUAGAUCAAGAAAGCAAGUUUUUCUUAAAGAAUAUAAGACGUUACAAUUCUAUGUUUUCCUUUACUUCAAUGGGAGGAAAAGUCGAUACUAAAAUAAACAAAGGAAAUGCUCCAUAUGUUUAUAGAAUCAGUGGUCAGAAUGCACAUAGUAUGGGUAGUCUUCUUCCUAAGGAGGGUGCCCAGCCAAAAUUCUCACAACUUUAUAUCUAUGAUACUGAGAACGAGCUUGCUAAUAGAGAGUUGCUAUUUGGUGAUUCUACAAGCAAAGCAUCUUUAAGGGCAAAGGAACUUGAUGCUAAAUUUAUAAAGUUUCUUACCAACAUGUUAGAUUCUACGAAUAUGCUGGUUAAAACUUACAGAAUGGUACGCGACCACCUGCACGAGAAUCCUAACGUUUCCCUUAAGCUUAGGUUAAUCUCACAGAGAGAUCGUGACGGAAGGACAUACAACUUACCUACGUGUUCCGAAGUUGCUGCUUUAAUAGUUGAUGAACCUAAUCUCAAGAUACAUCCUUCUUACCUUGCUCUCCAGUAUCCGAUUCUUUUUCCGUACGGAGACGAUGGCUAUAGGAUUAAUAUUCCUCAUAGGGAAUUUGGUCCUAACACAAAAAAGACAAGACCAACUUGCACUAUGAGGGAGUUUUUUGCUUAUAGAAUUCAAGAUAGACAUAACAAGUUUUCUCUAAUUCUUAAUGCAAGAAGGUUGUUUCAGCAGUUUUUAGUUGAUGCCUACACAAUGAUUGAAAGUGAGAGGCUCAACUUCAUACGUUUUCAGCAAAUCAAACUGAGAUCUGACUCACUUAACAGUCUUAAAAAUGUUCAAGAGGUUGGUCAGAGUGAUUUGAGUCAUACCGGACAACCUGUUAUAUUACCGUCAUCGUUUACUGGUGGUUCUCGAUACAUGAUGCAAAACUAUUUGGAUGCUAUGGCGUUAUGUCGGAAUUAUGGGUAUCCUGAUUUCUUUAUCACUAUCACAUGUAAUCCGAAAUGGCCUGAAAUUGUUAGAUUUAUCGGUGACUCAUCAAUUAAGCCAGAAGACAGACCUGACAUACUUUGUCGAUUGUUUAAGAUGAAACUCGAUGAAUUGAUAACUGAUUUGAAGCAAAAAAAAAUUUUUGGUGAUAUUAAUGCAGUUGUUUACACAGUUGAGUUUCAAAAGCGUGGAUUGCCACAUGCACACAUUUGCUUAUUUAUGAAAGCUGAUCAUAAGCUUCCUACGGUUGAACACAUUGAUCCAUUUAUCUCAGCUGAAAUUCCGGAUAAAAACGAGGAUCCUGAGUUGUAUUCUCUUGUGAGUGACUUUAUGAUUCAUGGUCCUUGUGGACAUGCCAACAAGAAAUGUCCAUGCAUGGUUGGGAACCGUUGUUCUAAGAAUUUUCCAAAGAAGUUUUUGGAAUCCACUUCCAUUGAUUCUGAUGGAUUUCCCGUUUAUAGGAGAAGAGAUUCUGGUCACACGGUUGUGAAGAAGGGUGUUACUUUGGACAAUAGGAGCGUAGUUCCAUACAACAAAAAGCUUCUAAAAAGGUAUCAGGCGCACAUCAACGUCGAGUGGUGCAAUCAGGCGGGUUCAAUUAAGUAUUUGUUUAAAUAUAUUAAUAAAGGACCUGAUCGAGCCACGGUAGCUGUUUUUGAUUCAGACAGAGGUCCAGAUGAGGAGAUCCCAAAAGAUGAAAUUAAAGAAUAUUACGAAGCUAGAUAUGUUUCCGCAUGUGAAGCAAGCUGGAGAAUAUUUGCCAACGAGGUUCAUUAUAGGUAUCCUUCUGUCAUGAGAUUACCUUUUCAUCUACCAGGACAACAAAAUGUUGUAUUUAGUUGUGACGACGAUAUUGAGGAUGUCUUACACAAACCUCAAGUAAAUUCUUCGAUUUUCUUAGAAUGGAUGAAGAUGAACAAUUCUAAGCCUGAAGCAAGACAACUUACAUAUGUUCAGUUUCCUUCAAAAUAUGUGUGGAAGUUAAAAGAUUGUUGCUGGCAACCACGUCAAAAUUAUGUUGUUAUUGGGAGAAUAUAUUCUGCGUCUCCUUCUCUUGGUGAGGCUUAUUAUCUAAGAAUUCUUCUUACCAAGGUUAAAGGACCAAGAUCAUUUGAAGAAAUCAGAACAUAUGAAGGUGUUGUUUAUCCUACUUUUAGGGAUGCGUGUUAUGCACGUGGCCUGUUAGAUGAUGACAAUGAAUAUAUCGAGUGUAUUAAAGAAUCCAGUUUCACUGGUAACGCUCAUUAUCUUCGUUCUUUGUUUGGAACACUACUUUUGUCUAAUACUCUUUCAAGACCUGAAGUUGUUUGGGAGAAAACGUGGGAGCUAAUGUCCGAGGACAUUUUAUACAAUAUGCGUAAAGAUAGUGGCAUGAGCGGAUUCGUUGUAUCAGAUGAACGUUUAAAGAAUAUAACAUUGACCAAGAUCGAAAAAUUUCUUCUUUGUAAUGGAUCCAGCUUGCACAGGUUCUCAACGAUGCCUUAUCCUGAUGAUGACUAUCUAAUGACCGAGAGCAACCGUUUGAUAAACGAGGAGCUUUCGUUUGACAUUGAUGAACUUAGGGGUGAGUUCAAUAAUCUGCACAGCUCUCUAAACGAAGAUCAAAGAGCAGUGUAUAAUGAAAUUAUGCAUGCUGUUAGAAGUGGAAAGGGGGGUGUGUUUUUUGUGUACGGUUAUGGUGGUACGGGCAAGACUUUUUUGUGGAAAACUUUAGGUGCAUCCAUUAGAUCCACUGGACAGAUUGUUAUUAAUGUUGCUUCAAGUGGUAUUGCAUCUUUGUUGCUAUCACGAGGUCGUACUGCCCAUUCACGAUUUCAUAUUCCUAUUAAUCUCAACGAAGAUUCGGUCUGCCAUAUCAAGCCUAAUACUGAAGUCGCUAAUCUUCUAAACCAAGCCAAGUUGAUUAUUUGGGAUGAGGCACCGAUGGUACACAAACAUGCUUUUGAGGCUCUUGAUCGUACAAUGAAGGAUGUUUUGAGUGUAUUUGAUUCACGAAAUUCAGAACUUCCAUUUGGUGGAAAAGCUAUUGUCUUUGGUGGUGACUUUAGACAAAUCCUACCGGUUGUACAAAAUGGAAGCAGGCAAGAUAUUGUAAACGCAUCUUUAUGUUCAUCCCAUAUCUGGUCCCAUUGCAAGGUGUUAAAGUUGACAACAAACAUGCGUUUAUCGGUAGGAUCCAGUACCUCAAACAUCGAGGAAAUAAAUCAAUUUGGUAAAUGGCUUUUAGAGAUUGGCGAAGGCAAUGUUGGUCAUUCUAACGAUGGUGAUUCACAUAUUGAAUUACCUGAUCAUCUUUUGAUAACUGAUGAGAAUGAUCCGAUUCAGGCUUUGAUUGACUUUGUAUAUCCUUUAGUUUUGGAUCGUUUUAAAGACCGUCACUACUUUUCUGAAAGAGCUAUACUCGCUCCUAAGAAUGAAGUUGUUCAUGAUAUAAAUGAUCGUUUGCUUGAAUUGUUUCCGGGUGAAGAGGUAGAGUAUCUUAGCUCUGAUAGUUUAUGUCCUACUGAGGAUAUUAAUGAUCCGUUACAUCAAGAUUUAUAUAAUCCAGAUGUGUUAAAUAGUGUGAAAGUUUCUGGAUUACCAAAUCAUAGAUUGGUAUUGAAAUUGGGUGUUCCGGUAAUGCUUUUGAGGAAUAUUGACCAGCAAAACGGUUUGUGCAAUGGUACGCGUCUUCAAAUCACACGUCUUGGUAAACGUGUUAUCGAGGCUGAGAUAUUAUCUGGAAGUAAUGUCGGUUCAAGAACUUACAUCCCAAGAAUUAGCAUGAUACCAUCUGACAAAAAAAUACCCUUCAAGUUUCAACGAAGGCAGUUUCCAAUAACCGUAUGUUUUGCGAUGACUAUUAACAAAAGUCAAGGACAAUCUCUAUCCAGAGUUGGUCUAUACCUUAGAGAUCCCGUGUUCUCACAUGGUCAGCUUUAUGUUGCUUUGUCGAGAGUAAAGACUAAGGAUGGCGUUAAGGUUCUAAUAUUCGACAAAGAUGGGAGACCGACAAACAAAACUGCAAACGUUGUUUACAAAGAAAUUUUUGGGAAAUUGUAG